UUGGUUUCUAUUCGUCUGUCUUUGGCACAUUGCAACUUCUGUGUCUGGUGUCAUGCCCUCUGAUUGGCUACAUCAUGGACUGGAAGAUGAAGGAAUGUGAGGGAGAACAUCCAAACAUGCAAACAAACAAGAGCCAACCAGGUACCCCAAAGAGAGACAGAAAAAUCCAGAAACUGACCAAUGCCAUCAGAGCAUUCACCUUCACCAACCUACUCCUGGUCUUCUUCGGGAUCAUUUCUUUGAUUGACAACUUGCCUAUACAGGUGGUGUCGUUUGUUCUGCACACGGUUGUGAGAGGAUUUAUUCAUUCCUGCUGUGGAAGUCUUUAUGCUGCUGUGUAUCCUGCCAACCACUUUGGCACCCUAACGGGUCUGCAGUCAACAAUCAGUGCUGCGUUUGCUUUACUCCAACAGCCUCUGUUCAUACUGAUGGUGGGACAKCUCAAUGGAGACCCUUACUGGAUCAAUGUGGGCCUUCUCAUCUUCUCCCUGACUGGCUUCCUGUUGCCGGUUUAUCUCUUCUACCACCGUAGAAUCUUAACCAGGGGAAAGGCCCAGCAAGACCAAACACACCAAACUGAAAGAGCUGAUAAUGCUCUAACUAAUGGAAAUACUGUUUAAGUAGAUGUUUUGAAGGAAAAAAAAUCAUUUAAAUGUUGUCAUUAUGUUGAUGUGUUCAGUAGAACAAUCCAAAAAUGAACUAUAUUACAGACAAGGCGUUUUCUGGACUAAGUGUUAAAUAGACUUUUCUCCAUCGCCUGUUGUAAUAACGUUAACAGAAAAUGUUCAGAGUAAUCUUUUGUCCCCCCCCCCAUCUUCUCAUUGGUGGGAAGUAGUUUGGAUAACCUGUUCAUUACGAACCACAGAACAGGAUGAUAUGACCAUGAUGACCAGGGUUAGUUGAAAUAUUUUUGCUAUGUAAAAUUUGUUGUAUUUGAAAUAUUUUCCCCCACAAACUCUACAGCAGGGCUAUUCAG